AUGGCCCAAACGCCGCGCAAACCCCUAAUCACCAUUGUGGGUGCGACAGGCACCGGCAAAUCAGAUUUGGCUGUGGAGAUUGCGCGAAGAUACAAUGGCGAAAUUAUCAACGGAGAUGCUAUGCAGCUGUAUCGCGGGUUGCCUAUCAUCACCAAUAAAAUAACACAGGAUGAGAUGAGAGGAGUGCCUCACCAUCUCCUCGGCUGCAUAAGUCUUGAAGAAGAAACUUGGACUGUAGGGAAAUUCGUGGGCGAGGCUUUGAGAACAAUCGACGAAAUCCGAAGUCGAGGAAAACUACCGGUCUUGGUCGGUGGCACUCAUUACUACACACAAUCACUCUUAUUCCAAGAUGCGCUGGCAGAUGAGCCGGAGCUGAACUUGAACGAGAACAGUCAGUCUCUACCGAUACUAGAAGAGCCUACCGAUGUCUUGCAUGCGAAACUCAGGGAUGUUGAUCCUAUCAUGGCCGACAGGUGGCAUCCCAACGAGCGGCGCAAGAUUCAGCGAUCACUUGAGAUAUACUUAAGAACAGGCAAACCAGCGUCGCAACUCUACAAGGAACAAAAGCUUCAACGCGACGCUCUUGCUGCUCAGACGGAUGGCGCGGCAUCUGACAGUCUUCGCUUCGAGACCCUGGUAUUCUGGGUGCACGCAAACAAGGACGUGCUGCAUCGUCGUCUUGAUGGCCGUGUUGAUAAGAUGAUCGCACGAGGCCUUCUGUCUGAGGUUGAGGAACUGAGUAGCUUCCGCGAACGCCACGAAUCCAGUAUGGGCGCCAUUAUUGACCAGACUCGCGGCAUUUGGGUAUCUAUAGGAUACAAGGAGUUUUUGGAAUACCAAAGCGCUCUCUCCGAUUAUACGAAGACGGCCCCUGAGCUAGAGAAGCUUAAGAGCCUAGCCGUCGAGAAGACGCAGGCUGCCACGCGCCAAUAUGCCAACCGGCAGAUCAAGUGGAUUCGGAUCAAGCUUCUUAAUGCAUUGUUUGGGGCAGGUCAAAAGGACAAUACAUUCCUGGUCGAUGGGUCUGAUAUAUCGCGAUGGGAGGACAAGGUCGUAAAACCUGCCACAGCCAUCACCGAACAAUUCCUCUCUGGCCAGCCACUGCCACCUCCCUCAUCACUAUCACCAGUUGCAGCUGAAAUGCUGACGCCAAAACGCGAGUACGAUCUGGGACAGCGACCAGACCUCUGGCAAAAGAAGGUCUGCGAAACAUGCGGUACAACAUCUAUUACCGAGAAUGACUGGAAUUUACACCGCCAAAGCCGCGCCCAUCGACGAGCAGUAGGUGCGAAAAAGAAGCAAGAGAACGCUUCAAAGAUGCGAAAAGAUGGCGCCGAAGAUCCAAAAGCAGAGGUUGUUGAUGUUCUCGAACACUACCUGGAAACUUUUCCUACAGAACAAGAGCUCAAAUGA